UUUGUUUGUUUUUGACGGAGGUCUGCGAAGCAGUCUACAUUUGUUCGCUCGCUCGAAAGGGAGCGACUUCUAGGGAGGGAGGUAUAAGAAGGGGGUGUAAUGGGGUAAUAGGCACUCCCAUGUGAAAGUGGUAGGGUUUUCGUCUUCUUGUUUACAAGUAUCAACUGCGGAUUUCGGUUUCGUUUCAUUUCUGGACAGAAUAAUAUCAACCCCAUCACGCGUGCAUAGAGCAUUUUUUCCUAGAUUAUGCUUGCUGGCAGGCUGGACGUACCUGAGGAAUCCGUGGCGAGUGUCGAAGGAGAGACUGCCGACCCGACCCGCCUGAGUUAUAAAUCUUUGGCGGAGCCCCUCCCUUUUUUGAGCAUCAACAGGACUCCUUUGUUCUCUUUCUCAUCUUCCCCGACUCACCCCUUCGACUAAGCAACUGUAAACAAUUACUCGCCAUGUUAUUUGGACUGAAAUGUCUCAGCUAACACCAUUUUGUUUUGGUUUUAAGAGUAUAUUCUCGGAGACGGAAAAAAUGUCAUUGGAACACCCUGGGAGAUGACAAUUUCCGGUGAUAUGUUGAUCAGAAAAAAGCAAGGCGACGCUUACGGAUUCAACUCGUUAAUUAUACUUUUACCAGAAAUGAAGCUUGCCUUAAACAUUUUUUGUACAAACUGCGGAGCUCUGCGGAGCAAAGUUGACAAGAAAUUCAGCAACACAUUCCUGCCGGCUUUUAAAGAAGUCUUAAGAACAGAAGGAGAACAGGAAAUAAGAGUUCCGCCUGAUACCAAGCAGUACAUUGGAGUUUACAAAGUGGAAGGUCUUGAGCCUAGUUUGAGUUUUUUGCAGGUCAAAAUGAAUGACGCUGGCAAGUUAGUUAUGUCCAUUAAUGGCGGAUUCGAGGCGUUUAUCUUAAACUACACGGAGCCGUUAAAAUUCAGAGUUGUCGUAACGCCGGAGUUACCCUGCUUUAGCAUCUUCAUGCUUGGAUCAGACAAUGAGCCCGUAGUAUUCGACAGUCCCUCUAAAGAAGACGGUCUCUGUGAUAAAUUUACGAUGUGGACAGCGUCGGCCAGUGGUAGAGCAUACUUUUACAGGGAUCGGAAUUUAGACACAGCUGAUAACACAUCGUAGUGGAGGCUUGAUUAUCGACAACGGCUGGAAUCCAGAGAACCUAAUUACUACGACUAUCAGUUGAUUAACAAGGUGCGAUGGAGCUUUGGUGACUAAGUUCUGGACUUGAAAUUACGGUGUUGCCACGAGCAACUUUCCUCGUCUCCAGUGGUAACAAUAUCGUCGUCUGCAAAUGCAAUUUCGCGCGCUUUGCUGCCAAUGACGUCAAAGGCCGACAAGUUGCCACUGGAAAAGGAGCCAGUUAUCCGUAACAACAACAACACAGUCAAACGUUAAAACCUGGUCACCAAACUUUCGUCACGCCUUACUCAACAUAUAAUCGUAGUAAUCUUGGCGUUGUCCUCACAGAAGAACAAAAACAGUUGUCUCAUCUUAUGUAAAGAGGACGGGCAGCCUUAUAAUGUGGAUCACAUCCAGACAUCAAUCCACUCCCGAGAAAGAAAAGUUAGGCCAAGUAAUACGGGCAAUAUAUUUAUUCAACUUGUCGCGUAAUAUUGUUGCAUUGCAACCUUUAUUGCAUGCUUUACCACCUUUGUUGCAAUGCCCCGGUGGGGGGACUCCCGAGUGAAAAGGUCGUGGAUCCUCGUCUCGCUUGGUGUAAAUGAGUUGUAGCGAUACACGAGCCACCUGCGAGUCCAAGUCAACCAUGAGUCAACCACGAGUCAACCAUGAGUCAACCGUGAGUCAACCAUGUGUCAACCAUGAGUCAACCAUGAGUCAACCAUGAGUCAACCAUGAGUCAACCAUGAGUCAACCAUGAAUCAACCACGAGUCAAGCCAAUUUUUGUUUUUGUUUUUUUCAUUUUGUCCCGAAAAAAAUAUGGAUUGUAAGAAAUAAAAGUCAGUUAUGAAUAAAGGUUGUCUUACCAGUUAACAACAGGUCAUAAAAUAACAGGCUGACCUCGAUCGCUUCGCGCGCUAUCUUCACGGUAGCAUAACGCAGCGUAUUACCCAGUCCCUCAGACUUUGGCAAACAUGCAUUGUGGCAAUUCACGUUAUUUGUAGUGUCAAAGUACCCGAGGGCAUUUGGCGGGGUCGAAAUUGCACCAAAAACAAGUAUAGCUUGUGUGGCACAUACAGACGAAGCUAUCUAAGCGGUUACUUUGUAAGAAAUAAAUAAAAAUGUUAGCCAAUAAAUUAAUCCAUCUGGAACAUAGCUGCGUUAUUUUGGAAAGAGGGGAUAAAACAGAUAAUAGGACGUAAAUAGAUUCAAUGUUUCAGCGCGACUUACCAUCCCAUAACGACACCAUGUCUUUGUGGGACUAAGCAUGAAAAUCCAACGAUCCCAGGUUCCUCUGGGUAAUAUGUUGCGUAAGACUACAAGAUGGCGCGAGCCGCGAUCGAGUUGAGCCUUUUAUUAAGUGUCCUGUUGUUAACGGCUAACACAAUCUUUCUGUUGAUAUAUUUUAUUUCCUGGAAUCUUUCCUUUUUUCCGAGACAAAAAAAAAAAAAAAAGCUGGCUUGACUCGUGGUUGACUCGAUGUUGACUCGCGACUCGAGGUUGAGUUGGGCUCGCGGUUGGUUCGUGUAACGCUACAACUCGGUGUAAGCCAUGGAUUUUGUUGUUACUCGAGGGUGUUCAGGACGAAAUGCCGAUAUUUUUAGCUGUCGAGGUAUCUUUCAGGAUUGCACUCGAAGAAAUAAUAAUGAUAAUAAAAACUCUGUCUGUGCAUUUUAAAGAAGAAUUAUUUAGGAGUCAAAUAAAGCUCGUGUCACACCCAGAUUGGUUUUCCUGGGGUUUAAUCCAAAUUUCCCGACGGGCAUCCCCGACCUUUUCGCACAGGACUCCUGCCGGUGUAACGCAACAAUGUGGCACGGUAUGCUGAAAGGAUAUUUUGCCCGUACUAUAUUACUUCGCGUUAGUAAACAGUACACUUGCACAAAACUUAACAUAGUAAUGCUCUUUGAUGCUCCUCUGUGUUUUGCACUCACGUAGUAAUCUCUGUAAUUAAAUUUGCUUAAAAAGCUCAGUUAAGAUAUUCAAGAAAGCCAACUGUUCAAUAACAUAGGGCUCUUGACUAUGACCUCUAUUUCAAAAGUAUAGCGCUAGAAAAUAUAUUAUCUCUGUUUUAACCAAUCACAUUAAAAGCAAUGGACCUUUUUUACCGAUGUCACGCAAGAGAUUAUGAUCUCUUGUGUCACGCCUUUCUGAUUUUUUCAGUCAAACAAAACAUAAGCCUUAUGCCGUUAGGUUUGUCACGCUGAAUUAAGUAGAUAUGCGAAGUUUCAUAAGAAUCCGUUGCAAAAUCAUGGAAAUAUAGGACCCCAAAGUUGCCAAUUUUUACAAAGAAAAUAAAUAUACAGAGCAGACUUCCUCUUAUGAAACUUCGUGUAUAUACUAAAUUCGGCAUGGUAAAUUAAUCUACACGGGUAGUUUUAUGUUCAUAUAAAAAAUGCGAAGAAUUUUUGAUAUUGCGUGGCAUUGAUAAAAAGACCCAUUACUUGAAUAGAUGCACUGCGCUUAGACGUUCUCUGCCGUCUAAAAGGGCAGUUUUUUCGGCCAGUGGCAACAGACAAGCAUGGAGUUGUAUAGAUCAAUUAAAAUGUAAUAGUUUAGUUUAAGUGAUCUUAAAUCAGAUGCUUUUAGGCCUGCUUACCGAGGCUUAUAAGGACGAUGCCCAUCCACUAGGAAGGAUUUCUCUUAAUUUUCGUUAUUUUUAAGGUGUAAUAAAGACGUAUUGCUCUCUAAA